AUGCCUAAAAUUACGACACAUGAUAGAGAGCAUGACACUUCAACUGCCGGUAGCACUAAGCAUGGUCGUGAGAAGGAAUUCUCCAUGGAUAACAAUGACGGAUAUACAACUCAAAUAAUAGUCUCAGAUCCACAGAAACAUGCAAAUGACCCAAAUUCGUCAACAGCCUAUGUCACUUACCAAAUUUCAACGAAAACUAAUAACCCAUCAUAUCAUAAGAACCAUGGAAGUGCAACUACAACAGACAUAAUCGUAGUGCAUAGAAGGUAUAGUGAUCUGGUUCUUCUUCAUGAUAUCUUGUCAAAUGAUAAUCCCACACGCAUCAUCCCACCUUUACCAGAUAAGAAGGUUUUCCAAUAUAUUGCAGGUGAUCGAUUUAGUCAAAGGUUUACUCAAAAGAGGUGUCAUAGUUUACAAAAUUUUUUGAAAAGAGUUUCUACUCAUCCCAUUUUGUCUAAGGCAAGCAUAUUUGAACAGUUUUUAGUGAGUAAUGAAUGGGAAGCCUAUAGAAGAAGUCUAUCAGGCAAUUUACAAACUAAUAAAGAGGAAGUUAGUGAUACUAUUAUGAAUGCAUUUAAAACGGUUCAUAAUCAAAGUGAGGAGUUUAUUGAAAUUAAAGAGAAAAGUGAUAAAUUAGAUCACACAAUCUCUAAGUUAUCUAAAAAUUUCCACAAAGUGGUUAGAAAAAAUGAUUCCAUCGCCGAUGAUUAUAGUAAAUUAAGUCAAAGUUUACAAGAUUUGAAUGAAGUAGUGUCUAAUGAAGAUGAGAUGUUGGCAAAUAAGUUGAGGAUCUUUAAUGAAGGGAUAAAACAAAUAUCAUAUGGUCUUAGUGACUUGAAUAAGUAUCUUGAUUAUGAGUAUACGGUAGAUCUCAAGGAUUUAGAGCAUUAUAUUGAUAGUUUGCAUCAAUCGUUGAAGCUCAAGGAUCAAAAACAAAUCGAUUAUGAACAGUUAAGUGAAUUUUUAACAAAAUCUAUCAAGGAGAAAAACAAUCUAAUAUCAGGAACCGGGGGAGGAAAUUAUUUUACAACGAAAUUGGAAGCCUUGGCGGGUGUUAAUCAAGAAGCAUCACGCCGUGAGAAGAUAGUUAAGCUGGAAACUAAGAUUACUACGUUAACAGGAGAAUUAGACAACGCGAAGAAAGUUGCUGACGGUUUCGAACAAGAAACGUUAAAGGAAGUAGAUUUAUUUGAAAAAGUUAAAUCAAAAGAAUUAAAAGAAUCUCUUGGUAGUUUGGCCGAUCAUCAUAUUCAAUUUUAUGAAAAGAUGGUUGAAACAUGGACAAAAGUGGAUAAAAGCCUUUGA